AUGGGUAUUGUUGUUACUGCCAAGACGUUGGCAUUGCACUGGCACGAUGGCGCCAAUGCCAUUUAUAGUAUUAGUGCGCAGCCGUUGAAAGACGGAGAGAGUUUGCGGAUAGCCACUGGUGGGGGGGACAACAAUAUCAGGAUAUGGCGGUUAUUGACCAAUUCCAAUGGUGAAGUUGACGGUGUUAAGUAUUUGAGUAACAUUAGCAAACACGAUCGAGCUGUUAAUUGUGUGAGGUUCAACGGUCAGGGAGAUUUACUAGCGAGCGGGUCAGAUGAUGGUAGUGUGCUACUCUUUUGUCGUAGCGAGGAGAUUGUUCGUGAAUUUGGGGACGAUGAGGACGAGAUACUCGAGAGCUGGGUCCUCGUGGGCGGGCACCGCGGUAGCGCCGGGAUGUCCAUGAAGGAGGUGUACGAUAUAGCGUGGUCGCCGGACGCGCGGCUACUUUGCCUGGGGACGAUGGACGGGACGGUGGGCGUUGUGGACGCCUCCAGUGGGGCGCUGGUGUCGACGGUGCGUGCACACGCACAGAAUGUGCAGGGAGUAUCAUGGGAUCCAUUGGGAGAAUACAUUGUCUCACUAGGUGGGGACCGAUGUAUAAAUAUUAUGACAUUUUCAAUGGGGAUUUUGAAGAGUAUAUCCAAAUCUUGCAAGAUCUUCUAUGGGGAGAAUCUAGAGACGUUAUUUAGAAGGUUAACAUGGUCACCUCAAGGUAGUUUAUUAGUUGCUCCCUGUGGGAUCAUUAAUAAUGGGGCAAAUACAACCAAUGGUGGCACUAUUACUACUGCGGAAAACGCAGUGUAUAUCUUUACCAGGGCAAGUCUCACCACUCCGGGUCCGGCACGUGCCGUUGCAAUGCUGAAGUUCCGCAAACCGCCUCUUGUUGUGCGGUUCUCUCCGUAUAGAUUUGAGCCCUCCAGCAGCGUCGCCCACAAUGACGCUGAGUCGCCUGUUUUUACCGGGGGUAAUAGAGACGACGCGUGCUACCUGUUUGCGGUAGCAACAGCCGACACCGUGUCGGUCUUUGAAAGCACAACGCUGCGGUGUGUGUGCACCGUGGGGAACAUCCACUAUGCGGGGAUUACCGAUCUCACAUGGGCGCGGGCGGGACUUCUCCUUGUGGCGUCGACAGACGGGUUUGUCUCUGCGGUGAACAUCAGGUACGAGGGGUAG